AUGACCGCCGCGGCAACCGCCGCGCGCCGCCUGCAUCAGCCACUGUCUCCUCUGCUCUCCGACUCUGCCGCACUCAUCCCUACAAUAACAUCACUCCUCCAAUCCCUAAAUCCCCAAAACCCUCAAACCCACCAAAACCCUGAUCCUUCUAUCCUCAAUCAAUUCUCUCCGUACUUAAACCCUAAUUUAGUAAUCGAAAUUAUCAAAAAUCAGACAAAUCCUUACCACUCUCUCUUCUUCUUCACCUGGGCCUCAAACCCUAACCCUAACCAUUAUCGCCACUCCCAUUUUUGCUAUGUUGCGAUAACUGACAAACUUCUAUCACACAAGCUAUUUUCGUUAGCAGCUGAUUUGCUGAAAACCCACAACAAAUUUUCAGAUUUUAUGGUGGGUAAGUUUAUCAAAGCCCAUGGUGAUUUGGGACACCUAAAAUGGGCUGCGAAGCUUUUUAAGCAAUUGAAGACGGAAACAGGGGACUGUUUGUUCUCUUUCAAUACGUUGCUUGGUAUUCUGGUUAAGGCCAACAAGGUUAGUCUUGCUUGGGGUUACUUUGGUCAGAUUGUCAUUAAAUCAUGUCUAGUUACACCUGAUGUUUCCACUUACACGACCAUAAUCAAAGGUUUGUGUAAUGUGGGCAUGAUCGAGGAUGCGGAGAAGGUGUUCGACGAAAUGACCUGUGGGAAGAACUCGAUAACUUACAACAUUAUCAUUGAUGGGUUCUGCAAGAAGGGCUUAGUCGAAAGCGCACGAAGAAUUAUGGAUCGGAUGGUUGCGGAUGAGGGCUGUCUACCCGAUACUGUUUCGUAUACAACUUUGAUCGAUGGGUACUGCAAGAAAGGCGAGUUCAAGAAUGCAAUUAUGUGCUUCGAUGAAAUGGUGAGUAAGGGCGACAAUUGCGAGCCUAAUGUGUUCACUUACAAUGUUUUGAUCAACGGGUUUUGUCUGAAUGGUGACGUGGAUGAAGCGAGGAGGAUGAUGACUAGGAUGAGGUUUGCUGGAGUGAAGGAGAACCUCGCCACUCAUACGAGUUUAUUGAAGGGAUAUUGCGUUGCGGGGAGAUCCAAUGAGGCUAUUACGCAUUUCAAAGAAAUGGUUAGCCUUGGUAUGAAUCUUGAUAAAAAGUCAUUCGCUGUGAUUGUGAACGAGUACUGCAAAUUAGGGAGGCCCGACGAGGCAGUUGUACUAUUAAGGGAAAUGAAAGCCAGAGGCAUUCGUCCAAUCGUAGCUAGCUUCAACGCCGUUUUCAGAAGUUAUGUUAAAUUGCAAGAAUUUGAUAAGACGAUUAUUCUUUUGAAGCAGAUGCCUCAAUGGGGUUGCUCCCCAAAUUUUAUAUCUUACAGUGAGGUGAUAAUCGGGCUUGUUGGAGUCAAAGAAAGGAUUCAAGAUAUUGACAUGAUUGUUAAUGACAUGAUUCGAGAUGGUCUUGGUCUCGAUACUACAUUGUACAGUUUCUUGAUUCGAGCAUAUUGUGUAAGUGGAGAUGUUAGAAGGGCGGUUUGUCUUUUUAAGGAGAUGAUCGAUCAAAGCCUCACGAUUAGGAAAGAUUGCUUCGAAGUUUUCGUUGAGGAGAUGCAUUCGAGGGGUUUGAUGCACGAGGUGCAAGAUCUAUUCGAUCAGAUGACCCCGUCGUUUGAUUUGAAGGAGUAUCUAAGUGUCUUGGAUGAUUCGAACUUGGUGUAA